AUGAACCGGCCCGAGCUAUAUUUCCACCAACAGUCAUGUCUUUUACCUUAUGGGUGGUCCGAGCAUCUUGGCCCAACUGGUCAGCCUUACUACUAUAAUGUCAACACCAAAGAAAGCACAUACACCAGGCCACUACCUCCCCCGGUGCAGGCUGCAGCCAAGAAACAAAAGGAAAAGCCACACGUCAAGACACAAAUUCCGGGGACUGAGUGGAUACGCGUAAAAACAACAGAAGGAAACAUCUUCUACUCUCAUAAAGUGAAGAAAAACAGUGUGUGGGUCGUGCCGGACGAGAUUAAGAGCGCUGUUGAAGAGUUGGAGAGACAAGAGGCUUCAGCUCCACCGGAUAUAGCCAUGGAAAUCGACAGAGUCAAGAACGAAGUUGCGGAAGCAGUCAAACGCAAAGCCGAGGACACUUUGCCAGCAACGAGCAAACGACCCAAGACAGAUGCUGAGUCUGACAAUGAGAGUGAUGAUGCAGAAGAAGAGGAUUGGGAAAAGGAGGCAGUGGCGCAACUAGCAGCAGAAGCGGAGGCAGAGAAACGGCGGGUUGAGAAGGAAAACAAACGUUUGGAGGAAGCUGAAGCUGAAAAACGACGAUUGCAGGCUGAGCGUAUUGAUCUUUCCGUCGAUGAGGCCAAAGCGUUAUUCAAGACACUUCUCCGAGAGAAAGAUAUCAACCCGCUUCAUCCCUGGGACUCUGCGCUACCCAAAUUCGUCAAUGACCCGCGAUACGUGCUCCUCACUUCCGUCUCCGCUCGGCGGGAGGCAUUCGACGAGUAUUGCCGCGAACGCUCCCGCGAAAUACGACAAGACACGGUUAAAAAAGAAAUAUCGGACCCCAAGGAAGAGUUUGAACGUUUCUUGCAAUCAGAGGUCACUAGCACCAGGACUUCAUGGUCGGAUUUCCGUCGUACAUGGAAAAAGGACCGGAGAUUCUAUGGUUGGGGUCGGGACGACCGAGAACGAGAAAAGAAGUUCAAGGACUGGAUCAGGGAGCUGGGUGAAAAAAAGCGUGCUGCUGCCCAGAAGGCAGAGUCAGACUUCUUCGCUUUACUAAGGGAGCGUCAAGUCAGCCAGGAUGGUCAACCCUGGAAAGAUGUCAAGAAAAUGCUUGUCGAUGACCCACGCUAUGAUGCUGUUGGGUCGUCGUCUCUCCGCGAAGAACUAUAUAACACGUUCUUGAAAGGCACGACAACGGUUUCCCAACCACAAACUGUAGCACCGAAACUUGAGCAACAAGAAACUUACGAAGAACAGCAAAAACGCCGCAAAGAGCGUGCUCAACAAGCUGUUCAAGACCGAGAAAAUAAAGUUAGAGUGGAUAUGGAGCGCGUCGAAGCCGAUAUAGGUAGAUCUCGGGAGGUUGGGCAAAAAGAGGAGGGAGAAAUACUGUUCAAAACGAUGCUCGUUGAUGCAGUACGAGACCCCCAGGUUACCUGGCAAGCUGUUGUGCCGCUGCUGUCUGCUGAUCCACGCUUUCAAUCCUCACGUCUUCCUCACAAAGUGCAACUCGGACUGUUUCAGGCUCACAUCGACCAUCUUCGCGUCAAGCAUAUGUCUGGUCUUCACGCUCUUUUCGAAACUCAUGCACCGCGAUUGAACAUUGUUUUUGAUUCUCUCCCCGUUGAGAAUUUACUAACUGCUUUGCCCGUGACGAAAUUGGGGUUCGACAUUCGUUCUCUUGAACGGGAGUUUGAGCGCUGGCAACGGGAGAGGACCAGUCGGUGUCGGAAAGCGUUUGAUGAGAUGCUUGCAGAAAACUCUUUCGUGGAAUUCUGGGGCAAGCUGAGGAAAAUUGGCGGAGAAGGGGUCGACGGAGGGGUCAAAGCGGAUGAUGAGGGCAAGGCAGAAGACGAAGGGGAAGCUGGAGGUGGACGUGUGGACAUGAAAUCGCUUGCAGCACAAGUUGAUGUCGCAGAAAUAGAAAAGGUUUUGAAGAACGACAAACGAUACGAGAUGUUUGCUCAUAUUCCUCAAGAACGAACUGAGUGGAUCAGGAUGCAUCUGGCUGAGCUUCCUUCACCAAAGUUCUCUGUCCAUAUUUGA